UCCCCUCCUCUACCUUUGUCAGUUCCUUGCGCUCCCGUUGAAACGCCUGGUUGUUGUUUCCCGGGGCUUGGAGGAAGGAGAAGUUACCUCUGCUCUGCUGCAGGUUUUCGGGACACCGAGAGAGGACAGCGGGAUCUGCCGAGGAAGCUUUUCUUUCCCCUGUGACCACCCGGCUGGCCGUUAAACUGAAUGGAGUAGCGGGAUAAAAAGGCAGGAGGGAUUUAACCUUAUCCAUCACCUUGUAAAGCACGGCGCGGUGAGAGCGGCAACGUGCAGCACUGCUGCGCUGGAUUGUGUAGGGAGCAAACAAGGGAAUAACACAAACAGAGAUGGUUUACUACCCGCAGGGACCUUCACACACACCACUGCUGCUACUGCUCCUCUGAACUUUUCAGUCCUAGAAGUGCGCAGACGAGAAGGGGGUUAAGAAAAAGGGGCUCGUUCUUAUCAGCAAGAAGGGAUUAAUGAUGCCGGACCAAAUCACAGUUGCAGAGUUUGUGGCAGAGACCAAUGAAGAUUACAAAUCGCCGACCGCCUCUAACUUCACCACCAGGAUGUCCCAGUGUAGAAAUACAGUGGCUUCCCUGGAGGAGGCUCUGGAUGUGGAUCGCAGCGUGCUGUACAAGAUGAAGAAGUCUGUGAAAGCUAUCUACACGUCUGGGCUAGCACAUGUAGAAAAUGAGGAGCAGUACACUCAGGCCCUGGAGAAGUUUGGAGAAAACUGUGUGUACAGAGACGAUCCUGAUCUGGGCUCAGCUUUCCUCAAGUUCUCCGUCUUCACCAAGGAGCUCACAGCGCUUUUCAAAAACCUUUUCCAAAACAUGAACAACAUCAUCACCUUCCCUCUGGACAGCCUGCUGAAAGGAGACCUGAAGGGUGUCAAAGGGGAUCUGAAAAAGCCCUUCGACAAAGCCUGGAAGGACUACGAAACAAAAGUCACCAAGAUAGAAAAGGAAAAGAAGGAGCAUGCGAGACAGCAUGGGAUGAUUAGGACGGAAAUCAGCGGGGCAGAAAUCGCUGAAGAGAUGGAGAAAGAGAGAAGAUUCUUCCAGCUGCAGAUGUGUGAGUAUCUCCUCAAAGUCAAUGAGAUCAAGAUCAAGAAGGGGGUGGAUCUGCUGCAGAACCUCAUCAAGUAUUUCCACGCACAGUGCAAUUUCUUUCAGGACGGUCUAAAAGCUGUGGACAACCUCAAACCUUCCAUAGAGAAGCUGGCCACAGAUCUGCACACGAUAAAGCAGGUGCAGGACGAGGAGAGGAAGCAGCUGGCUCAGUUACGAGACGUCCUCAAGUCAGCGUUACAGGUGGAGCAGAAGGAGUCCAGAAGAGAUUCACAGGUGCGUCAGAGCACCACCUACAGCCUGCACCAGCCGCAGGGCAACAAGGAGCACGGCACCGAGCGCAGCGGGUACCUUCACAAGAAAAGUGAUGGGUUGAGGAAAGUGUGGCAGAAGAGGAAGUGUACAGCGAAGAAUGGAUUCCUCACCAUCUCACACGGCACAGCUAACCGGCCACCAGCUAAACUCAACCUGCUCACCUGCCAGGUGAAACACAAUCCUGAAGAGAAGCGGAGUUUUGACCUCAUAUCACAUGACAGAACGUAUCACUUUCAGGCCGAGGACGACCAGGACUGUCAGAUCUGGAUCUCGGUGCUACAGAACAGUAAGGAGGAGGCGUUAAAUCAGGCUUUUAAAGGGGACCAUCAUGUCGGCGAGAACAACAUCGUGCAGGAGCUGACCAAGGCGAUACUGGGGGAAGUCAAGCGGAUGAUAGGAAAUGAUGUUUGCUGUGACUGCGGAGCCCCGAACCCGACAUGGCUAUCCACCAACCUGGGCAUCCUCACCUGCAUUGAAUGCUCAGGGAUACACAGGGAGCUGGGAGUCCACUACUCGCGGAUCCAGUCCCUCACACUGGAUGUACUCAGCACCUCAGAGCUCUUGCUGGCCAAGAAUGUGGGGAAUGUAGGCUUUAAUGAAAUCAUGGAGGCUUGUUUAAGCGCUGAAAACGUGGUGAAACCCAACCCGGCCAGUGACAUGCAGGCGAGGAAAGACUUCAUCACAGCCAAAUACACGGAGAAACGUUUCGCCAAGAAGAAGUGUCCGGAUGCGACGUCGCGGCUCCACACGCUGUGCGACGCAGUGAAGGCCCGAGACAUCUUCUCCCUCAUCCAAGUCUACGCUGAGGGGGUGGACCUCAUGGAGCCCAUUCCUCUGGCCAACGGGCAUGAACAAGGAGAGACGGCUCUUCAUCUAGCGGUGAGGCUGGUGGACAGAACGUCCCUUCACAUCGUCGACUUCCUCACUCAGAACAGUUUAAAUUUGGAUAAGCAGACAGCCAAAGGCAGCACAGCGCUGCACUACUGCUGCCUGACUGACAACAGUGAAUGUCUGAAGCUGCUGCUGCGGGGGAAAGCCUCCAUAGAGAUUGCUAAUGAGGCCGGGGAGACACCGCUGGAUAUCGCUCGAAGGCUCAAACACCUACAGUGUGAGGAGCUGCUGAACCAAGCACUGGCAGGAAAAUUCAACGCCCACGUCCACGUCGAGUAUGAAUGGUGCCUGCAGCACGAAGACCUGGAUGAGAGCGACGAGGAUCUGGAUGAGAAGCCGAGCCCCCAUCGGAGAGACGAGCGACCGGUCAGCUGUUACACCCCGAGCAGUAACUCCCACCACGUACAGUCCGGCCUCGGCUCCGCCGGCCGUGAAGCUAAGGACAAGCAGCGCCUCUUCAUGCCCAACCUGGUCAACAACGAGACUUACGGCACCAUAGUCAACACAAACCCCCCUCAGCCCACCACCAACUCUGCUCCACCUCUGCCCCCGAGGAACCUGGUCCAGUUGUCCGGCCCGGGAGGCUCAGCGUCCAGCCCCUGGAAGCCCAGUCCUUUAGACCUGACUGGCCGACAGAGGUCGUCCUCAGACCCCCCUAACAUGCAUCCUCCGCCGCCGCCCAUGAGGCUCACUUCCACUGGAGCUCUGGGUCUUCCUACUGCGAUGAAGAUGGACUCCAUGAGCAAGUCGGGUCAGGGGCCACUGGGGUCCCGGGCGGUGCCACCUAAAUCUCCCGCAGGAAAUGAUAAAAGCUUCAGCAGAGGGCCCCUAAAUCGAACAGAAUCUAAAGAAAGAGCAUCUAAGGAACUGCCAGGAUGCCCUCAGAACUCCAUAGGUCAGUCUCUGCCUCCAGCCCCCAUGCCGAGGAAAGCAUACCCAAAGCAGAGGCCAAAGCGAGUGAAAGCAAUCUACAACUGUGUAGCCGACAACCCCGAUGAGCUGACCUUCUCCGAGGGCGAGGUGAUCGUGGUGGACGGAGAGGAGGACCAGGAGUGGUGGCUGGGCCACAUCGAAGGCGAGCCAAUGAGAAGAGGCGCCUUCCCCGUUACGUUUGUGCACUUCAUCGCCGACUGAAAUCCGGGACUCGGGAAGUAUCACACGUCCCACUAUCACCGACAAAACAUCCACCAUCGCCCCAGUGUUUGCAGUCGACGUCAUCGGCACCAUCAUCACCAUCUCCGCUGGCGUCUUGAGCGAGCUCGUUCAAGCGUCACUGCUGCUCCAGCGAGUCUGGGUGUCACAGGGGACUCAUCGGACUCUGUGGUUUUAAUGCUUGCAGUUAAAAAAGGAAAAACAAAACAAAGAUGAUUGUAGUGAAUGUCCUCUCGCAAUAAAUGCACUUUUCUUGUC